AUGAGCAACGUUGCUCAAAGUGACUCGGAAACAGAUAAUUACUAUGAUGCAGAAUUAGACGACUUUAUAGACUACAGCGAAGAGGAAAAAAAUGUAAUACUUGAUAAGAAACAAUUGGUUGAGAUUGAGAAUAAUGAGUUGGCCCGUCGUCGCCAACAAGAAGGGGAGCAAGAGGAGCAAGAGGAGCAAGAGGAGGAGGAGCAAGAGGAUAGAAUACGGACCUUAACAACAACUCUAAAACCGACUGAAACUCAAGCUCAAAAAUUGUUGAAAGCUCAUAUCGCAGUACUAAUCUCAGCUUUAGGUGGUAUUGACCACACUUUGGAUAUAGUUCCUCCACUAUAUAAGCUAGGCCACGACGCUUUGGCGUGUUUGAAAGAUAUCAAAAGAUGGAUUAAAGCUGUUGACGAAAAACAAAAUAACUAUGAGGUCGCUAUAGCAUGUGCCGAGUGCAAAUUAAUACAAAAUGAUCUUAUUGUGAUCCUAUGUCAAUGGGAACAACAGAUGCAAAACCAGAAAAGAAAUUUUCAAAAUGACCAAAAGGACCAAAGAAGAUUGGGGUUGGGGUUAGGGUUCAGAAAUAAAACAAUAACCGAGAAAAUCAUGCUAUCGUGCUUGGAAAUAUUGGUGCUUUUAACAUGGCCAAUCGAAUUUGAUGAAAAUUUAUCGCAGAACCAAAAACUACUAUUUGCUGAUAUCAAGAAGCAACAUGUCAUUUACAAAAAGCAUAUCCUCACUUAUAAUGAUGGACAAUUAUUGAAAGCGGUUAUAAGACUAGCACUAUCUCCUAUUUCAAAGUCAAGAAUUGAUCGUGAACCAAGAGAUAAUCAAAUCAUAAGAUUGGUGCUAUAUUUUGUGAGAAAUUUGCUAGCGAUUGAACCGCCUGGCUAUUCCAUAUCUUCUAAAACGAGAAGUGCGCGAGUUUCUUCGUCCCAAUUGCCCAUUGGUGUUUCGUAUGAUGACAUAUCGAUUAAUAACACGCUCAAAGUGUUUAAGAAAAACAAGGUGCUCAUGCUACUCCAAACUAUAUCGGGUUCCAUAAACUCGGAAUUCGAUAGUGACCUAUUCAAUGAGAUAUGCCUUGAAUGUGUCUAUUUGAUGAUAAAAGGUUUGAAGGCAAAAGACGUGCUCGUUGCAAAACCAACACAGCCAACUGCUGAAGCUAAUGCAAAUGUCAAUGCUUCUACUCCAUUGGUGUCCCUCUCAAGUACUGUUGGUCUUGAGUUGCAAGACCUCCUCACAACAGAAGCUAAAAAGAAGCAAACACAAACACAAAACAUUGCAACAAGACACGGAAAGUUUGGUACACUACUAUCAAUAAGAUCGCCUUCAGAUGCAAAUUCGUAUGUAGUAUCAGGAGAAGAAGCUUUAUUCAACACCAACGGAACGAUGGAAAAACUUGAUAAAUCCAAGUCUUGGAAACAUCAGAACCAUUUUAAGUAUGAUUCUGAUGAGUAUAUUAAAACUAGUUCACCAGUAUACUUAAGUGGUCAAGGGAGGUCAAUCUUUUUCCACUUUGUUGAGGAGUUUUUGGCCGGCGGAUGCUUUAAUAAUUUAAUUGAAAGUAUGAGUUCAAAGUUGACAAGUGCCUCCGAAUAUUCCUAUAUUGACGAAUUGACCCAGGCUAGUUAUUUCUUUACUAUCGCAUGGUUUUUGAAUUACCGAAGAGAACAAAUCACUUUGAGUGGUUCAAACAAUUUUGAUUUCGGGUCAGUAAGAGCUGCCUUGAGCGAAGUCAACUUUAUAUUAAUUAUUGCAUAUUUAAGAGAUUCGUAUGGUAAAAAGUUAUGGAACUCUCUCCAUGUUGCCAUGAUUUGUUUUAGAGAAUUGUUACAGAUAUCACAAUCAAUAUUUGGUAAAAAGAGAAGAAAAGAAAAGGAGAAUAACAACAGCGAUGAUGAUGAUGAUGAUGAUGAUGAUGAUGAGAAUGAGAACUUUCAAUAUGAAAUAGAUCGAGAGUUAGCAGAGGGGAUAAUAAGAAAACUAUUUUCGUUUAAUGAUUUUCUUAAUGUCUUGAUUCAAGUACCACAAAUAGCAUACAAACAUUCACCUAUGUUUCUUGGAGAAUCAAUUCGCGUCAUCACCAUUAUUCUUAAAUCUUUUGAAUCAUUUUCCAAGGAAAACUUGCAAUUGUAUGUGCAAACGAAAAGGAGAAGGAGAAAAAGAAGAGAUAAAGCACAACAAGAAAACGGCAGAAGAAUUAAUGAAUUGGACAGAGAUACUGAGUCUAAGCUACAAACAGCUAUUUACGAAUCGGACGAAGAAUUAAUCGAAGAAAACAUAAGAGAAGUUAUAAAAGAAAGGAAAUUGAACUUUCAAAUGACUGAAGUGAGGUUUUUCAACCAAGGUAUUGUCACCACUUAUAUCGAAUACUUAUCGCGGUUUGAGGAUUUGACUUAUCAAGAUAUCAAAAUGUGUUUAAGCUAUUUUCACAAGUUAUUUGUUAUUAGAAAGGACUAUAAUGGAUUAUACAGGUUGGAUUUUAUGCAGUUGUUGGUGAAAUUGAAAAACCAUUUACCAAGAGGAAGUUCAAUUCGAACAACAGUUGAAGAGUUUAUCUAUUAUUUCAUGAAGAAAUUCAAAGUUGCCAUGGCAAGGUUUCCCAAUUGUAUUGAGAUUUUGUUUCCGAGAUUUGAAGACGCGAGGUUUAAGCUUUAUUUAACAACGGGAGAAUUAUACGAACUUGAUACUGCUAUUUACCCUAGAUCAAGCAAACAUGAUAGCAAAGAUAUGCCAUAUCGAGACGAAGGGGAAGAGGAAGGUGAUGUGGAAAGUGCCGCUUUUAACGGAGAAGAUGAUGAUGAAGAAGCAAUUGCUUUUGAGAUAGCUGCAAAUCCAAAUUCUACAAGACAUCACGCAUCAGACUUGGACCAUCUAGAUGAGUUAGAAAACCAAUUAAAUCAAUACCAAUCAAGACUGAAGUCGUCAUCGUCGUCAUCAUCAUCAUUGGAAAAAGGAAAAGCCAAGAAACGGAAACCAAAACAUAAAACCUCAAAGGAAGGAUCUCCACACAAGACUAGAAUAAGAAGAAGCGUGCCAAGGGAUUUAUUGGAAGAUAUUCAACCUAUAAAGUCUUUGGAAUAUGUAAACAACUCAGAUGAUGAUUCCGAUGAUGAGAAAAAUGCCCAGUUUUUCGCUAAAGAAGAGAGAUUGAGACAAUUGUUGAAUGAAACUGGAUGUAUCACUGAUUUUCAAAAGUUGGAAGAGUUUAAAAAAGUAUGGAUGCUGUAUUCUAAAACAGGUGGUUCUACCACAGAGAUUGCGGUAGCUAAUGCUGUGAAGGAAGUGUCUUUAUUUGUUGAAGAAGAAGAAGAAGAAGAGGAGGAGGAGGAGGAGGAGGAGGAGGAGGAGAAAAGGCAUAGUAACCAGUCUCAUAUUCUUCAAUCUCAAACUGAUGAAAGUGAAGAGCACAUAGACCAUCUUCAAUCAAGUAGCGCGUCUGAGUCAUCAGAUGAUGAAAAUGAAGCUACAGCUCACUCUUCAAACACUUCAGAGAUGGAAUCGUUAGACAUGUCAAGGGUAAAGCGCUCUAGAAUCGAAAGUGACGAAGAAGACGAAGAAAAAGAGGAGAAGGUUGCUGAGCAACUCUAUCGUCCCAAAAAGAAAAAACCAACAGUAAUUUGUGAUGACGAAGAUUGA